UGGAGGCGGCGCAAGAUGGCGGCGGCGGCGGACGAGGAGGAGGAGGCGUCGGUGGCGGCGGGCGGGCGGUGCGCCGUGUGCCGCCUGGGCUCGGCCGCGGGCUGCCGCCACCCCUACGGCCGCGCGCACCAGCAGCGCCUGCGGGAGGCCCUGGCGCGGCUGCGGGCCAAGGUGCAGCCGGCCCGCCGGGCGAUCCGCGCCGCGGCGCUGGCCCCCUACGAGGCGGCGGAGCACGAGCGGUGCUGCUGGUGCCCGUGCUGCGGCCGCGACGUGCGCACGCACCUGCGCCUCGGCCGCCUGGCCCUGCUGCACGCCGGCCUGCUGCAGCACCUGGCCAGCGCCGAGCACCGGAGCGCCGCGCACCGCUUCUGGUGGGAGAACAAGGCCGAGCCCAAGCUGAAGCACCACUUCCUCGUGUCGCCCCAGGACUACACACGGUUCAAAUCUUCCCUCGUCAAAGCCCUGGAUGCUUAUGAAGAAAAAGAGGACAAGACCAUUGAAGAGAUGGCGUCUCGCAUCCGAGAGGUAGAGGAGAGCAGGCGGCAGCUGGUGCAAGCCGCCUUAGAGCCUGAGAAAGAGACAGAACCUUGUGAUGGACCCUCUGUCUUCAGUGCACCCGGCGUCUCUGAAAGUGACAUCACCUGCUGCACUAACGAGCAGCCUGGUCCAAGUGGGAUGCAACCAUUGUCUGAUUUAGAUUGGAUGGAAAAGGGGCAUGCUCUGACUUUCAUCGGCCACCAGGAAACUGGUGGGAAAGGGAACAUUCACACAGGAGCCAAGCCUCCCUGGCUGGUGCAGGAUGAAGAGGAGGUGGCUGGAAACAAACAGCAGAUUGGGCCUUCAUAUGAAGAGUUUCUCAAAGAAAAGGAGAAGCAGAAGCUGAAAAAGCUUCCAGCCGAGCGUGUUGGUGCCAACUUUGACCACACAUCUCAGACAGGGGAAGGUUGGCUUCCCUCCUUCGGGCGGGUCUGGAAUCAUGGCAGGAGAUGGCAGUCAAGACAUCAGUUCAAAGCUGAAGCAGGGAAAAAAACAGACAGACAGAGGAGGAACACAAGGAGACCAAAAUCUGAGGUUCUUUGAAGUGAUGCUUGCAACAUCUGUAGUAUCAUGUACCAGUCCCAUUUUGUCUUUGUUUCCAUUGCAUAAACCAUAUUAAACUUGCACUUAAGUACA